UAUCCAUCGGGACUUUAUCGGUGGCGCGAUAUGGUUUCUUCAAUCAUCACGGUUUGAUCACGACCAGGUCCACUGCCACGUCGUACGCUAGACAAUUAUCCGUUCGCAUCACGCGCCAACUGGAGUAUUCAUACGAAAACUCAAUCAAGAUACCCCACUUCCACUCCACGGAAGUUCUUCGCAUACCACACAGAGUUAAAAACUACCAGAGUUGGUUUUGACGUGCGUAUCAAUACGAAGGAUGCGUCUUCUUGGGUGUACUCUGACUCUGGGUCUAGCUUUCCUUCGAACAGCACACGCCCAACUCGGCACGCAAUACGUCGAUCCUGAUAAUGGGAUAACGUUCUACGGCUUGACGGACCCGGUGCAUAAUGUGACGUAUGGCUACGUCUUCCCGCCGCUGGACUCGGGCGCGACAGAGUUCAUUGGGGAGAUCGUCGCGCCGAUCGAUACGGAAUGGUCGGGGGUGAGUCCCGCAGGCGUGAUGAUCGAGGCGUUGCUGCUGGUAGCCUGGGUAAAUGGGGAUGAGGUUGUGAGUAGCGCCAGAUGGGCUACGGAUUAUAUACAGCCGCUGGCUAUGGUUGGACCUAUCCUGACGGAUUUGCCGAGUACAAAGGUGAAUUCGACACAUUGGAAGUGGGUGUAUCGGUGUGAGAAUUGUACUACUUGGUCCGGCGGAGGCCUGGAUACGACUUCGUUUGGAGCUCCUGCGUGGGCGUUUAGCAGCAUUCCUGUGGAUGACCCCUCGGAUCCUGAGAGUGAUUUUCAGGAGCACACCGACUUCGGAUUUUACGGUCUGGAUUUCUCGUCUGCGCAUGCGUCGGCCUCUGAUUAUGCGAACUGGGCUGCUGGGGGUACUGGGAGCAGUGGGACGUUUACGUCGACGACAACGACGACGACGGCGACUAGUACUACGUCCGCGACAUCUUCGGCGACGCCUACUGUCACUGCGACUGCAUACGAUUAUAUUAUCGUUGGUGCUGGACCUGGGGGUAUCAUCGCUGCUGAUCGAUUGUCCGAAGCCGGUAAGAAUGUGUUGUUACUGGAGAGGGGAGGACCGAGUACGUGGGAGACAGGAGGGCGGUAUGCGCCUGAUUGGGCUGAUGGGCAGCCGCUAACAAAAUUCGACGUACCCGGGCUAUUUGAGACGUUGUUUACGGAUAGUAACCCGUUUUGGUGGUGUAAAGACGUGAACACAUUUGCUGGUUGUCUCGUUGGGGGGGGGACAUCUGUCAACGGAGCACUGUACUGGUAUCCGGCCGACUCUGACUUUUCUACGGAACAAGGCUGGCCGUCGUCAUGGGUAAACCACGCGCCAUACACGGCGAAACUGAUAGACCGAAUCCCCAGCACAGAUCACCCGUCGACGGACGGGUUGCGCUACUUGGAACAGACGGAGAAUGUGACGGCGAUGUUGCUAGGGUACCAGGGAUAUAGACAGGUGACGAUUAACGAUGAUCCUGAUAGUAAGGACCAUAUAUAUGGGUAUAGCGCGUAUUCGUUCAUCGGCGGCCAACGCGGCGGGCCCGUCGCUACGUACCUCCAAAGCGCCAAUACGCGGCCGAAUUUUACGUUCAAGCAGUGGGUGUACGUGCUAAAUGUGGUUAGGGACGGUGCCCAGAUUACUGGAGUGGCGACGAACGACACGUCGUUGGGUCCGGAUGGAGUGGUACCGCUGACGCCUAACGGGCGGGUUGUUCUAGCCGCGGGGUCGUUUGGGAGUCCGAGGGUACUGUUUAGGAGCGGGAUCGGGCCGGAGGAUAUGAUUGAGGUUGUGCAGGCGGCGGGAUUGGAGUUGCCGGAUGAGGAGGACUGGAUUGAUUUGCCGGUGGGGUAUAAUGUCUCGGACAAUCCGUCAAUUAAUCUGGUCUUUACGCAUCCGUCCGUGGAUGCGUAUGAUAAUUGGGCUACUGUCUGGAGCGAUCCACGCGAGGCCGAUGCUAACCAGUAUUUGGCUAACCGGUCCGGCGUGUUGGCCCAGGCUUCGCCAAGAGUAAAUUUUUGGCGUGCUCUGUGCGGGAGCGAUGGAAACACGCGUUGGAUGCAAGGAACUGUCAGGCCUGGAGCUGCUUCGGUAGAUACCGUGUAUCCAUACAAUGCAAGUCAGAUGUUUACGAUUACGGCGUACUUAUCUACGGGCCUGACGUCCCGAGGACGAAUUGGAAUCGAUGUUGCGCUGACGGCGAGGGCCCUGGUAAAUCCGUGGUUUGUGGAUGAGAUUGACAGGGAGACGCUUCUUCAGGGUCUUGAAGAGAUCGUGUCAACUGUGCCGUUGGUUAAUGGGCUGACGAUGAUUACGCCCGAUAACACGACGACUAUGGAAGAUUACGUGGCUGAUUAUUCGGUGGCAUCGCUCGGCUCGAACCACUGGGUUGGAUCGAAUGCUAUAGGUGCCGUGGUGGACGAAAACACUCUAGUGUUUGGAACGAAUAACCUUUUCAUUGUUGAUGCUUCGAUCGUUCCGGCGCUGCCGGUGGGUAAUCCACAGGGAGUGGUGAUGUCGAUGGCUGAGCAAGCGGUGUCGAGGAUACUGGCGCUUGCAGGGGGGCCGUAAAAAUACGCAUGGUAAAAUGAAGAAUGAAGCAUACGUGUACUUUUGGUGUGAAACUGUACGGAACCGAGUGAGUGAUCCGAGGUCCGUGCGAGGAAAGUUCAUGCGGCCAGAUGGAGGAGGUGA